UAAAUACUCCAUGCCGCUCCAUGCCAAUGAAGAAAAGUGUCAAUUCACGUUGCGCGGAAAGUUCUGGCAGUUUUAAUUAUUUUAAUAUGGAAGCUGAAGCUCCAUUGAGGACCUUUUGAUUUUACUUAAGGUUUUGCUUUCUUACAAAGAGAGAAUUUAGAUCGGAAUGAGGGCUGUUUUGGUUGUCACAUUUCUUUUUGCCGUCUGCGGCGCGGCACCCUCUGAUAAGAAGCAAGAGACGGAGAUUCGCAUGGUUAAAGCCAUCGAAGACAAGGAAGUUUGGUUUGAAGAGGCACAGAAUCGACUUGACAAAGUAACAAAAAAGAAGCAAAUUGAGAAUAAGGCAAAGAAUAUUAUUCUUUUCAUUGGAGACGGAAUGGGAAUCGCGACAGUUACCACAUCCCGAAUUUACAGGGGUCAACUCAACGGUAAUACUGGCGAGGAGUCGUUCCACUCCUUUGAGCUGUUCUCCAACGUUGGCCUAAUUAAGACGUACACAGUAAACAUGCAAGUUCCUGAUUCGGCAGCAACUGCUACGGCCAUGCUUUGUGGGGUCAAAACGAACCAAGAAGUAAUAGGGUUUGAUGCCAACGCUAUUUAUGACGAGUGCAACUCGGAAAUCAUAGGAACGUCAAAGGUCGAGUCUCUGUUCAAGUGGGCUCAGGAUAUAGGAAAGAGAACAGGGGUGGUCACGACGACGAGAAUCACCCACGCAACCCCAGCGGCAGGGUACGCUCACAUCAACAACCGAGACUGGGAGUGCGACUCGGAGAUUCCGGAAGAGUACAAAAGCUGCACUAAAGAUAUUGCUCGGCAACUUGUAGAAGACGAGCCAGGAAAAAAUCUGAACGUCAUUUUUGGCGGAGGACUGCAGCAGAUGGGAUUUGGUUCGAGUCCAAGCGAGAGUUCCUGCAAAAGGACCGAUGGCAAGAAUCUCACUUCGCAAUGGGAGAAUGACAGGGCGACUGAGCGGGUCAGUUACGGUUUUGUCACCAACAGGGAGCAAAUGGAGGCGCUCAGCACAGAGCAGAAGGUCUUGGGUUUGUUUGGCUAUGGGCACAUGUCAUUCGAUUUGGAAAGAGACACCACGCCAACGGGAUCUCCUUCCAUCGCCGACAUGACAGAGAAGGCCAUUGAAUUGCUCCAGGGUGCGCAAAACGGAUACUUUUUAAUGGUUGAAGGAGGAAGAAUCGAUCAUGCUCACCACGGAAACUAUGCAAGGUUGGCUCUUGACGAAGCGGUGAGAUUUGACGAGGCGAUUGAGAAAGCGUUCAACAUUACAAAUGAAGACGACACUCUGAUCAUUGUCACGGCUGAUCAUUCCCACGCAAUGACCAUGAACGGAUAUCCCGAAAGGGGCAACGACAUUUUAGGAUUUGCUCAAAAAACUACUGACAAGGAGUUUGCUUAUGAAACGAUAACAUAUGCGAAUGGACCUGGAUACAAUGUACACAAAAAGUUGGGCGCUAUAGCCGAGGGUGAAUACAUGUGGAUCGACCCCAGCACUUUGCAAAACCGAGAUGAUACGAGAUAUGGGCAUUUCGCCCCUAUUUACGAGUCAAUUGAAACGCACUCAGGAGAGGACGUGGCCAUUUAUGCCAAUGGGCCGUUCUCUCAUCUGUUUAACGGAGUAUUCGAACAAAGCUAUGUGGCACACGCCAUAAGCUGCGCUGGAAAAUUUGGUCCGAGUGCAGAUUACUGCAAUUCAGCUUUAUCAGCAAGGCCUUCUGCACUUCUAUUGUGUUUGCUUAUCAUUGUCAGAUCACUAUUCGCCUGACAUUGAUAAAAUAUUGCCCAACUCUCCCAUAGCACUGAAUGUACAAUCUCCAGAAAAUAAAAAUUAAGUUUUUUCUGUA